ACGGCUCUCUGCUCUUCCUUAUCGUCGGUCGAUCUAAGAUCUCAUACUACACAAAUUCAUAAUGGAUUCUUCGUCAUCAGUAAGAAUCGUCUCAAAAUGCUUCUUGAAACCCAAAACAAUCCCAGAAGAAUCAAAGAAACCAUACUAUUUGUCCCCAUGGGACUACGCUAUGCUCUCAGUUCACUACAUCCAAAAAGGCCUCCUCUUCCGCAAGCCACUUUACUCGAUUGAUACUCUGCUUGAGAAGCUUACAGAAUCUCUAGCUGUCACGCUAGUUCAUUUCUACCCUCUAGCUGGUCGCCUCUCAACGCCAAAAGCAGAAAAACCAAAAUCAUACUCAGUUUUUGUCGAUUGUAACAACAGCCCUGGUGCUGGUUUUAUCUACGCGACUUCAUAUUUAUGUGUAGCAGACAUUGUUGGCCCCAAACAUGUUCCAUUGUUUGUUCAUUCUUUUUUUGACCACCACAGAGCUGUUAAUCAUGAUGGACACACCAUGAGCCUCUUAUCAGUCCAGGUGACAGAAUUACAAGAUGGUAUUUUCCUAGGAGUGUCGAUGAACCACACGAUGGGAGACGGCACUUCGUUUUGGAACUUCUUUAAUGCUUGGUCCGAGAUCUUCCAAGCACAAGAGAGCAACCAAACUGAAGCCUUGUGUCUUAAGAAUCCACCGGUCCUAAACCGCUAUAUCCCUCAAGGAUAUGGUCCCCUCUACAGCCUUCCCUACAGCCAUCCCGAUGAAUUUAUCAGACCUUACGAAUCGCCAGUUCUCAAAGAGAGAAUAUUCUGUUUUUCAUCAGUAACAAUAAGAAUGCUUAAAGAAAAGGUUAACCAAAUGUGCGGAACAACCUCAAUCUCAUCGCUCCAGUCGCUAACUGCAGUUAUAUGGAGAUGCAUAACUAGGGCAAGAAGAUUACCCCUUGAACAAGAAACAAGUUGUAGACUUGCUGCUGACAACAGAGGAAGGAUGUAUCCACCACUUUCCCGGGAUUACUUUGGAAAUUGCAUCUCUGCUUUGAGAACAGCUGCAAAAGCCGGUGAAUUGUUGAAGAAUGAUCUUGGAUGGGCUGCCUUGAAACUGCAUCAAGUGGUAGCGGAACAGACUAGUGAAAAGGUAUCUCAGAUGAUUGAUCAGUGGUUGAAGUCUCCUUUCAUUUACCAAACUGAUCGGCUUUUUGAACCGAUGAGCGUUAUGAUGGGAAGCUCACCAAGGUUCAACAAGUAUGGUUGUGAAUUUGGGAUGGGAAAAGCACUGACGCUUAGAAGUGGUUAUGCGCAUAAGUUUGAUGGGAAAGUUACAGCUUACCCGGGACGAGAAGGAGGAGGAAGCAUAGAUUUGGAGGUUUGUCUUGUUCCAGAGUUUAUGGAAGCUUUAGAAUCAGAUGAAGAGUUCAUGUCUCUUGUUUCUGUCUGAUAAAUUAACAAGCUCUUCCCAGUUUUUCAACAUUUGUAAUUUGUUUAUCACCCAUCUUCUUUCUUGUUAUUCACCUCAGUAUGUUUACCAUCAUUUUCUUUUUUUUUUUGAACUGGUGUUUACCAUCAUUUUCAUUCAAGCACAAACUUUUUAUUAUGUUUUGUCCACUAAUAGUUGUCGAGGAAACACUUCGUCUCUGACAUCUG